AUGGUCUCGUACAUCACCAUCAACAACGCAACCCUCGCCUACCGUCUCGCCGGCCCUGAUGAUCCAAGCACACCUCUAAUAAUCACCCUCCACGGUGGCCGCGGCUUCGGCGACCACACCUCCGACUUCCAGGCCUUCUCGCCCCUCAGCCAAGAUCGCUACCGUAUCUUAUCCUUCGACUACCGCGGCCACGGCCUCAGCUCACGAACAGGACCCUACACAUUCGCCCAACUAGUUGACGACAUUGAAGCACUCCGUGUCCACUUUUCAAGUGAUAAACCCAUAGUCCUCAUUGCAGGAAGUUUCGGCGGCUUCCUCGCGCAGCAAUACGCCAUCACAUACCCGCAGAAUGCCUCACACUUGAUACUCAGGGGCACAGCGCCCUCACAUCACCACGAAUCCGAAGCCCUCUCAACCCUAUCCAAACGCCUGCACCGCGCCCCAGGGAUGACCAUCGCCAUGCUCCGCGACAAAAUCUUCGGCUCAUUCAUCGACGAUACCGAGUUCCGGCUCGUCAUGCAUGCCGCGGCGCCGCUGUACGUUGACGCUGCAAACUUUGAUGCGGAUCGCGCGUUGGAGAGGGCGAGGGGGAUGGUUGUGAAUGCGGUCGCGCAUAAUGACCUAUACUCGGAAAGCGAGAAAUACUUCGACUACCGGUCCUCUCUUGACAAAGUCACCGCAAAGACACUCGUCAUCGUAGGAGCAGAGGACUGGAUCUGCCCACCGAAGCAGUCGGAGAUUAUUGCUGGGGUUGUGCCCGGCGCGAAGCUGAUUGUUCUUCCGGGAGCGGGGCAUAGUGUGCAUCUGGAGAAGAAUGCGGAGGUUUUGAGGGUUAUAAGGGGGUUUUUGGAUGCCUGA